UUGAAACUUGUAUAGCUCACACUAAGAAUCAUAUCAUCUGCUGAAACUUCACCAUUCUUUUUCUUUUCUAUGACCCUUCUCCGACAUCAUUUAAUAAUGGCCUUCACUUGCAAAAUGAAAUGUCCAUUUUCUUUCUCGCCAGAUGAUACAGCCUGCCAAGUUCUUCUGUGGGUUCUCAAAGCGCUGGCUCUCUCGGGACUAAUUGUACUGUCUGCGUGGCUAGCUUCAAUCCCAAAGAAACCUAACGCUGCAGUAUCGGCUCUCUCGAUACCGGCAACCGCCCUGCACCUCGAGAUCAACGGCACUUCUGUGACCAGUGCAGAGGGUGGAAACAGCAACGACACCAUCACUUAUGCUCUGGAAAUCGAGAAUCCUAACAAAGACUCUGGGAUUUACUACGAUGAUAUUGCAGUGACGAUCUAUGUGGGCAACGACAAAGUCAGUGAGACAACUAUGCCUGCAUUCUACCAAGGGAUGGGCAAGACCAAAAAGGUAAACGAUAAUGUGAAUGCCGAUCUUGGGGUCAUGAGGGCUCAUUCGGGAGAAUUUUCGAUGGCCAAAGCCGAGCUGAAGGUGACCUUGGUGACUCGGAUCCAGUACAAAACAUGGGGCAAGAAGAGUAAGCAUCAUGACUUGAGGGUGCAAGGUCUGAUACCGGUUGGUUCGGACGGGAAAAUGCGAGGCAAGAAGAAGAAGAUCAAGCUACACCAUUGUUCCAACAAAAAGUGGAGGAGAAUAAAGCUGGAUUAGCUCAAUAGACACACACGCAAAGAUAAAGUCUUACUGAUGUAAAUAUUAUAUGCUUAGAUAUCUCCCAACCACUCAAUAUUUACCGAUAAAGUUUUCGAGCAUCGAUUCUCUUAUAAUUUGGAUAGAUAAUUUUAUAUCA